AUGAAGUUGCUCCUGACCGCAUCGGGGCUCGCAGCGGUUGCUCGCGUGGCGGCAACAAAUGUGCCAUUGCACUUCCAAGUCUCCAAUAAUGAGCCUGGCUACGGUUUGUCUACUCGUGAACCGGGCUGGCAGCUUCAACUCGACCCCGUGUUCGACAUCCUGGGCCCAUUUCCGCAACAUGCAAGGGAGCAACACUACUUGAAUCCGCUUUAUCCACUAGAUUCCAGUGACUUGGACGAGUGGACUACGGGCACCAGAAAGCAAUACUACUCGAGUCUGGUGGAAAAUGGAAUGGUUGGCUGGUCAAAUGCGACUCUGCAAGAUGGAAAUUUGGCGGUUGCGUACCCGACCAUUGAUUGGAAGGCACUUCGAAGGACAGAAGGGUGGGCAGGUCUUCAGCACCAUACCCUUGCGCACAGCAAGCUUGUCCUUACCCCGAUUGAACAAGGGGAGAGCUGCACCCCGCCCAUGCUUCAAGCAGAGCUUCGCCAAGUCUCCUUCUUCGCGAUAUCUCCCGAGAUAACAGCUAAUCAUACGCUGAAGUGGCACGCUGGAAACAUCUAUGACCUUGCUCGCGCUCCAAUGGGGGUCAUGCCGUUUCCUACCGCCCCAAAGUGCAACGAAACUACAGUCUACCAUAUUUUUGCAUCGCUUGACUAUGAAAUACGACUCUUUGGUGAUCCGCUAGACGUCGAGAAAUCGGAGGCUCCCAUUCACCGCUCCUCGUUGAAAUUUUCAACCAUUGAUCCAUCAGACGGCAUCAGGCGAGAGCCAAAGCUGGACCUGAUUCCGGACUUGGUGGACGGAUGGUUGUUCUCGGAAGGGUUUAUUGGCUUGGGAUUCAUGUGCGGCAAUCAAUCAUGGGAGCUGGCAUCCAUCGAGUCCACAACAAAGGCAUUCCAUGCCGGAUCAUGGCUGCCUGUGCAAGUCAGGCUGGCUCCUGGCCAAGCUCGUGUUUUAGUCUUCACGCUCCACCAAAUCGAGCGCUACACUGGUGACAGUGUAUCCCUCUUGAUCCGUUUCAGAGACUCAAGGGGCGGUGCACCCUCCCUGGAAUUAGAUAUCACAAUUCCAAUGGUGCAGAAACCGGCCUGGACAGUCGACAGCGAAUAUGUGUACAAAGGCACAUAUCUACUUGCUGGCACUCCAACAUACUAUAUGGCAAAGCCGCCUAUAAAAUGCGAUCCACAAGCGCCUGUGGUGGUUGCUUUGCACGGCGCUGGCGUAGAAGCUGAUCAUCCUGUAUGGACAAGCUCUGUGCGAAGGCAGUCCUCCAGUUGGGUAGUCUUUCCAACAGGCGGGACGCCAUGGGGACUCGACUGGCAUGGGAUCAGCGCUAAGAGUGCAACCUCGUCGUUGCAGGCGCUGAGAGCGACUCUGCAUCUUCGCGAGGCAUGGAAUGCCUGCCCUACCAUGGAACAACGCAUGAUUCUGAUAGGCCAUUCUAACGGCGGUCAAGGGGUCUGGUAUAUAGCUUCACGAUUCCCCUCUGGUGUCCUGGCUGCCGUUCCCGCUGCUGCGUACAUCAAGUCUCAGCAAUACGUUUCAACAGGACUAUCACACGGGGCACAUUUUGCAGACGUGACUUUAAGAGCGAUCCUGGAUGCUACGUUGCAGCCAGAUGAUAACGACCUAUUCCUCACGAAUCUAGUUUCCACACCAAUUCUCGCUGUUCAUGGAGGAAACGACCGAAAUGUGCCAACUUGGCACAGUCGCGAGCUCGUCUCUGUUGUAAAACAUUGGUAUCCAAACGCGAACGUCAGCUUUCACGAGGUGCCCAAUAAGCCACAUUGGUGGAAUGAGGUACUUGCCAGCCAAGAAGUUCAAAAUUUCAUUGAUGGCGCAGUGGCAAACCUUCCUUCCGUCGAGCCUCCCUCACAGUUGACCGUCACUACGGCUCUGCCCAGCGAAAGUGGUCAUGUUUGGGGCAUAUCUAUUGCGCAAAUGUCAGUACCAGGCAGAUUGGGGAGGAUUUUCGUUUCAAGAAAGGAUGACAAGCUCUUCAUUUCCACGGCGAACGUUCAAAUCUUCAAUAUCAGAUUUGACCUAUGGGAGAAGCCGUUUCGCUUGGAAUUUUUGGAGGUGGACGGAGUUGAAAUUGCGAGUCACUGGGUAGGAGGCGAGAAAUGGUUUAUCAAGAAGGAUAAUGCAUGGGAGCCCACUCUGUUCCCGACAGAGCUACCCCGUCUUACGGGACCAAUGUCCCAAAUCCUUUCCAAUGGUCCGCUGUUCAUCAUCAUACCACGGAAGCAACCAAAGCUUCUCGAUAUGGCGCUCAGAAUAUCCUUCAAUCUUCUCACUUAUCUUCGCGUCGACUCACAAGUCAUGUUUGACGACGAUGAGAGUCACAAUCUGAAUCGGUGCGUUCCUAUGAUGAUAUUCGGCGGUCGGGAAAAUAAAUUUGGUGAAUCGAUUCUCGCCAAGCGCCCCUCGGAGUUCAAAUUUACAGAUCGAGGCUGGACGCUUCGAGGGCAUGAAUAUUCUGAGCCUGGUUUGGGUGUUGCGUUUUUACACCCUCACCGACCGCGUUGCUCGCAAUUGACGCUCUUCACAUCCGCGACCGAUGAUGCUGGUUGGGAGAGAAUCUUGCGUCUACUCCCCUUGAGAACUGGAAUCGCCACUCCGGAAUGGAUCAUUACCGGUCCUAACACUGAUAGAAUGGGAGUAGGGGGUCUCCUGGGAGCGGGGUUCUGGGGGAACGAUUGGGAAUGGAACGAGGUCAUGUCCUGGACUCAAAGGUAG